AUGUCUCACUCCGAAAUAGCUUUAGUUGUGGAGAACGGGGAAGAGAAAUCUGAAGCAACUCUUCUUGCAGAGAACUCGAAAAAGAAAGUUGGAAGUAAUCGUUUUGAUACAAAUUCAGAGGCUAGAAUCCAAAACUCAUCAAUCAUGAAAGACGAACAUGGAUCAAGUAGAAAAUGGUCACGAAUACAAGAAAUUCAUGAUCCUUCCCAGGAGUCUUUCCUUCAAGUGUGGAAGAAGAUAUUUGUAGCAUCAUGUCUGUUUGCUGUCGUACUGGAUCCAUUGUUUCUCUACGUUCCUAUGAGGAAGGAUGAUAUCAAGUGCCUGCAAUCUGACAGAAACUUGAAGGUAGCCACUCUUCUUUUAAGAUCAUUCACUGAUCUUUUCUAUAUAUUUGACAUUAUUAUUCAAAUUUAUACAUCUGAUUGUAGCAAUUCUCAUUUUCUUUUCAAAAAUGAGGGACUUGAGAUCUUUGAACACAAUAAUGAUGGUUAUUAUGAACCCUUUUGUUUUGUUCCAAUAUGUGCCACAGCCACAUCAAUUUCUGCCACUCUCGGCCUUGUCCAAAUUCCCCCCUUUCUUGCUCCACCUUGUAGAAAGCGUCCUAUAAUUUCUGUAUCCAGAGAGGUUGGAGUUAUGGCCAGCCCCGAUGUAAGUUUUGUUGUGGAGAAGUCGCAAAAGAAAGCUGCACGUGAUUCAGAUUCAGACUCAGAUUCAAAAUCAUACUCAUGUCCAGACACUACAAUUGGAGAAUCUUCCAUGGAAGAAUGGCAGACAUCAAGAAAAAAAAGGCCAAUGAUGAUAGUGAAAAUUCUUGAGCUGUUUCACUGGAUCCUUGCAAAGUGGAAGAAGAUGUUUGCAGCAUCAUGUGUGUUUGCUGUUUCACUGGAUCCUUUGUUCCUCUACAUUCCUAUCAUCAAUCAGGAUAUGAAUUGUCUGAGUUUGGACCAAAACUUGAAGAUAACAGCUCUCACAUUAAGAUCUGUCACAGACCUCUUUUAUGUUAUGGACAUCAUUAUUGAAAUUUAUACAUCUGGGAUCUGUUCAAGUUUAACCAAUGGAUUUCAUCACAGCUCCAAAUUACAAUUCUUGGGGAACACUUUCUUGCCGAAAGUAGCUAAGAUGAUUUGGCAGUCAUACAUCUUAAUUGACAUUUUAGCUAUCAUUCCCCUUCCACAGGUACUGAUUCUCACUUUCUUUUCAAAAAUGAGGGCAUCGAGAUCCUUGGAUACAAGGAAGUUUAUUAUGAACUUUUUUGUUCUGAUGCAAUAUUUACCACGGGUUAUUCGUAUAUACCUAUCAUGCAAGGCACCUAAAAUGUCUCACAAGAGACAGACGCCAGUAUGGGUUAAAGGUGUAUUGAAUUUCUUUAUGUACAUCCUUGCUAGUCAUGUACUCGGAGCUGUAUGGUACUUUUUUGCUAUUCAACAAAUGACAGUUUGUUGGGCAUAUGCAUGUCGAAAUGAAAAUGGGUGCGACUCUACUACUUUUGGUUGUCAUGACCGUACAUCCAAAAAUGAUUUAUGCCCUGUAAGUUCACCAAAUACAACAUUCUUCGAAUUUGGGAUAUUUCUUAGUCUCCUUCAGUCUGGUGUGCCCUCGUCAACAAAUUUUCUACAGAAGUUCACAAACUGCUUUUGUUGGGGCCUACGAAAUUUGAGUUCUCUUGGUUCUAACCUCCAGCCCAGUACCAACACUUGGGAAAACCUCUUUGUGGUUUUUAUUUCUAUAAUUGGCUUGCUACUAUUUAUAUAUCUUAUUGGAAAUCUGCAGACAUAUCUGUCCUUGGACACUACAAGAAUAGAGGCGCAUAGACACAAGAUGAAAAUUAAACGGAAGAUGGAAGAGAAGGGUCAAGAGCUAGAAUUAUGGUUGCCUAAAAAUGGCAUCCCUGAAAAGUCACAUAAGAAUAUAAAGUUGCAGAUGAUGGAAAAGGUAGAACAAGAAUUUGAAGAAAACAGGGAUGUUGAUUUAGAUAAUUUCCUCUCUACUCUUCCCUCAGAUCUUGAAAACCAGAUCAAAAGUUAUAUGCCGUUCACUAGUUUGAAAAAGGUACUCCUUCAAAACAUGGAUGAACAAGUGUUGAAAGCAAUUUGUCAGCAUCUAAAGCCCAUGAAGUAUACUGAAGACAAACUCAUUCUUCGAGAGGGUGAACCACUUAAAAUGAUGCUCUUCAUUGUGGAAGGACAUGUAGCCAUUGAAAAGAAAGGUGGUUCUACUUUGAAUCAAGGUGCCAGAGAAUUAUAUGGAGAAAAGCUUCUAGCUUGGCCAUUCUCGACAUCUUUUCCAAAGACGUUACCCACCGCAACAGAGUCUGCUAGGGCAAUUGGUGAUGUUGAAGCCCUUAUUCUAAUGGCCGACGACAUGAAGGGUGUAGUCUUUAAAUUCAGGGUGCAUUUCAUCAAAAAGUAUGGCAAACUCAAAGAAAAAUUGGAUAGUCAUCAAAGACCUGUUGAGGCAACACGAAUAUCUGCUGAGGCAACACCAACACCUGUUGGGGCAGCACCAGCAUCUGUUGUGAUAGCACUCAGACGCUUUACUGCAAGAGAACUUAAGAAGGCCACACAAAAUUACAAUGCAGGUACAAGGAUUGGUGAAGGAGGCUAUGGAAUAGUUUACAAAGGAAUACUGCCAGAUAAAACAGUUGUUGCCAUAAAAAAGUCCAAAAUACAUGACCUUAACUCCGUUAAUGAGGCGUCUAUUCUUUCUCAGAUCAGGCACAGAAACAUCGUGAAGCUUUUAGGUUGUUGUUUAGAGGCAAAAACGAAUGUAAUGGUUUAUGAGUUCAUCGACAACGGGACUCUCUAUGAGCACAUUCACAACGAAGGCAAAGGAGAGAAACUCUCAUUUGAAUUACGACUGAAGAUAGCAGCAGAAAUUGCAGAAGCACUAUCAUACUUGCACCUCAUGUCAAUCGUACACCGAGAUGUGAAGACAGCAAAUAUACUAUUGAAUGAAAGUUACACAGCAAAGGUUUCAGACUUUGGAUGUUCACGAUUGCUUGAUGAAGAUCAAGAUUCCGUGACAACUGUAGUAAAAGGGACAUUCGGAUACUUAGAUCCUGACUAUGUUAUGUCAAGCACGCUAACAGAAAAGAGCGAUGUCUACAGCUUUGGAGUUGUCCUAUUGGAGCUACUAACAAGUCGAAGGCCAAUUUCGCGUGAAAGGCCUCGGGAAGAGAUAAACCUAGUAAGCUUCUUUCUUUGUUUAGCGGAACAAGGACACUUAAAUGAAAUUCUUGAUGGUGAAAUAAUCAACGGGGGAAAUUAUGUGACGGCCGAAAAAGUAAGCUCUUUAGCAAGAAGAUGUUUGACGGUUGAAAGGGAGGAAAGGCCUUCUAUGGGAGAAGUAGCCGCCGAGCUCAAGCGGUUAAUUAUGGCGACACAUCAAGCAGAAAAGACUAAUUUCUCUUCAUGUUCCAAAGACUCUAAUAAUUGGUUUCUUCGGUCACCUUCAAACUCUUAUGUUGUGGAUGUUAAAGAUGAAGGUGAUGAUGUUGGUUCUAGUGCUUCAAUUAGUUAUUGA